AGCUCUUCUGUUAAAGAAAGUAGAAAUGAUACAUAGUCAGUAAACAUACGUGUGUCAGUAUUGAAAACGCCGAACCUCUGAACUGAAGAUUCGUUGAUCAUAUGUUGAAAUAGGUUUGAUAAAGAAAUUUUAAGCAGUCCCUGAGCAAUGGUGAGAAUUCUCAGCAAUGGAGACAUAGUACCAGAUGACGAUCCAAGGGCCAGACAGGCCGCGGGGAACAGGGGCAGUAACUCUGCUAGACCAAGACAGGGCUUUGUGCGACAUGAGGAUUACCAACAGGGUGGGGCAGGAAGAGGAUUCCUGGGUCAAGGUGAUGGCCAGGUGUCUGUGUUCACACUUAUAAACCAGAAACUGCUGGACUUUGGGAUCCCUCGAUUCAAUGUUGGUCCCUAUGUUGUGGAGCCUAUAGCGUUAGUGGGAAUGAUCCUUGCUGGCUUGAUGUUUGGACUCCCGGGACUUUUAUUUGGAGGUGUUUUGUUCAUGGUAGUGAUGUCCAGUCAAGUAGCAACCAAUGCAGGGAACCAGAGAGGGCAAGCAGGGACUGGGGGUGGGGGGUGGGGGGCACAGACUGGGGUAGGGGCAAUCAGUUAUAUCAUUACUCAUGUACAUCUUUCUGUAAAAUAUUUUGAUAAUUCAACUAAAUAUUUUAUGAAGUAAAUUGUUGAUCUUAGAUUUGCCGAUUCCAAUUUUUCAUUGGAAAAUGAAUGUUUGAAAUGAUGUUGUUUAUUUAAUGAAUAAAUUUAUGCCUGUGAACAUUUAGGUUUUGUACAAUCCUGCUGAAACACAGAGAGUGGCAACCAUGGUGUAUUUCAAGGUUCCUUAGCAAAUCCCAUGAUGUUAAAAUUUCAUAAUUUCAAAAAGUACCUGCAAUCACGGAAGUUUUAAUUUCAUGCUGCGAGAAAAUUUAAAUAAAUUUAUUAUAGUUGAAUAAAUUUAUUUAAAACUGUGUAUUCACAAGAGUUUAAUUUAAAAUAAUGAAUCGCAAACAUAUCGCUUUUUUUGGGCCGAUCCAAACUCACCUACAAGGUAUUUCUGUUGUAGGGUAAUGGUCACUAUUACAAGAAUGAUUAACUGUACAAUAGCAAGGGUAGAAAUCCUGUUCAUAAAUAAUAAACAUAAGUUCUUCUUUAUUUAUGUUUCAAACAUGUUAAGCAUUCAAUUACAAUCUGUGUUGAUGAUAUGAUAUGGCAUCUACAUUUUACAGGUUUCUGUGAAAAGCUUGUUAGAUCCAAUAUUUCUUCAUUUCUAAUUUUUGCAUUCAGGGCAUUGGUUCAUCGGGCAAAAGUUUUUUUUUAUUUCUUAUUUUUUUCUUUAAUGAAUGUUUGCAAUCUUUUAAUCUACAACAAAAGAUAAUUUUUAUUACUUUAAAUUAUGUUAAAUGGGCCGAAGAGACAUUAUUAUUUUAAAAAAUGAUAUUAUUAUAAAACCAUGCAUUCAUUGAUACUGAUAUAAUAAAAUUU